AUGCUUAGUGUGGUAGGUAUAGGGAGGAGAUGUUUCCAAACAGUAUCAAAGGGGAAGAAAAUGAUACCUGUAUAUCCAGGUUUUGAACGUACGGUUAAGAAUAGGAACGCGUUGCUAUCACAGGUUUCGAAAGAAGAUGUUGUGAGCAAAUUGGAUCCUCAAGGCUGGAGGCGAAAAUUGCUGCAUCCAGAAGAAGCAAGUAAGGGCAAUUCCACCAUGUUGAAAGUGGGAGAUGUAGUGAAAAUCAUUUAUGACAAGAAUAAAUGUUCUAAUGAGAAUUUUGUGGGAUACAUACUGUCAGUAGACAAAAAGGUAAACAUUCAGGAUAGCUCUUUACUUUUGAGGAAUCAAAUCUCAAAUACAUUCGUGGAAUUACGCGUACCAAUUUUCUCUCCCUUGGUGGAACGAAUAGACGUCCUGAGGAAGACUGAUGGGUUGAAAAAACGUAACAAGCACUACUAUAUUAGAGGAACCAAAUUGGAUGUGGGCAAUUUGGAGACAAAAUUAAGAAAACAACAACAACGUCAUCACAUAUAG